AUGAGUCUCGUUUUCAUACGAGUGGCGAAGGCGCUCGUAAUCGACCUGCUUGACGACCCGUGCCAGAGCAACCUCUGGAACAGGGUGGGUGUCCGAAAUAGCGGAUGUGCCACCGACGUUGUUCCGCGUUGUUCCACGUCUUUCCACAACCACGACCGCUCUCCUCACCGAAAGAUGGAGCAGCUCGAUCUCCUGUGUUUCUAUCCAGCUGAAAAGCCUUACAUUGUGGAUAUUACUAUCCAUAAACAAGCAUCCGUCGCAAAGCUGUUGGAGGAAAUCCAUGGGAAGUUCAAACAGCGGAUCCCCGAAUUCAAGGUGGCCAUGUACGACCUCUCCCUCUACUGCGCGAAUCUCCCAUCAAAACCUCUGGAGGGUCGCGCUGAGCGUGCGCGCAAAUGGAUCCUCGAUAAUCUAGAGAGCCCGCUUGAUCUCGCGGACCCACUCUAUGUCUACUUCCCGGCUCAGCCGCCUCCCUUCGCAUUUCAUAUUGUGGUUGCCGAUCCCGAGCUCCGGCAUGAGCUCUCCAUGCAACCCCAAUCCUCGCCCUUGGGCUCAGGGUACAAACAAUUGACCAUGACCACGUCUGGUCGAGGCUUUGUUACGCUCCAAGACCUGGCGGACAAUGGCAUCGUUGAGGAGAGCACCCCGCAUUCACGCAUUGUGGAGUUCCAGGACAUGCUCCAAACCACCCCUCGCUAUAAAGGCCUGGACUUGUUCAAAUACGCCGAGGGACAUCUUCGAGACCUCCUAAAGACAUCCUCCUCAAGCCCUCAGCCUCCGGCAGGCGUCGUCCCAGCCACUGAAGACCUCUGCGCACGUGGACGCAAGUUUAUUUCCGUCCAUGCCCUUCCGCACUUCACCCCACUCCCCAACGACAGCGCCAACCCGGACCCCAACAACGGCACCGCCCCUGACGGGAGCUCUAAUGCCAGAGAGUGCAGUCCCCAAGAGAUCGCUCAUGUCAACCAAGUGCUGCUCUGCGAUUUUUCCCAAACGCUGGGCGCGGGGGAGAAGGGCCACUAUGCGAACUCCAAGCCUAUGCGGCGGUGUUCUCCCCUUUUGGAUACAGCUUGGCUGCCUACGGGGGCUUUGGAAUUGGGUAGUGCCCGCGCGACCAACUGGCCGUUCCAUAUUUACAUUGAAACCAACCGCAAACUCUACUCCUACCUGCCAAAGAGCGACUUUCAAUUCUCACCUGCUAUUUUUCCCGUCUUCCUUGCAGAAAUCCAGUCAGAGACGACUAUGAAGGAUGACAGACGCAUGAAACUUCAAGCAGCGGCCCUUGUUAGAUUCGCAAACGGGUACUUGAAGAAGCACAAGACGAACAGAAGCUUCUUUCUCGUGACGGCGUACAUCAACAGGCAGGGGGUUCUGGAACGAAGGGUUUUCUAUCAGGACGAGCAGCAGGGCAAGAAGGUCAAAUACACCGCAGCUAAAGUCUUCAAACUCACCGAGAAGCGCGAACACCUAUCGUUCCUCUGCGAGCUGUACAACCUCGCAUCGUGGGCGGCGGAGAAUACUUCGGGCAAUGAUGCCCAAGACGAAGGUGUUCAGAGAGAUGCGCUCUACGAUGCGCUCCGCGAUGAGCCGACCCUCCCGGGGUGGACGAGCGUAACUAAACCUGCCCGAAAGGCGCCGGACGGUGGAUUCGAGGGAGAAGGGCGACCCGCCCAGCGAGCGAAAACCGGAGGUGUAGGGGAUGAGGGCGAGACUGCUGAGCAGCUGGAGGCUUUAGGAUACCAGGUGGAGCCUCUCGCCUUCGAGGACGCCUUUGGAGUGUGGGAGCGGUUGGACCAGCGACGGUCGUCUACGAUCAGGACUGUGUAUGAACAGUCGGACGUUGAGUGCACGAACCCCUUGAUCGCCAAAAAAGCUCGCAAGUCAUCACAGGAGCUUGAGAUUCUACAGCACCUCCGAGCCCAGAGCUCACCGCCCCAGUACAUCGUCGCCCUCUUCCGUCAUGUCGCUAUUGGCGAUACAACGUACCUUAUCUUCCCGAGCCUGGAGCCUAUCAGCAAAGAAUCUCUGCGCGGCGGCAGGAUCCAGCAGCCCUGCCAGAGCCUAGUUGCAGGCGUUGGGUACCUCCACAAGCAUGGAGUUGCUCAUCUCGAUCUGAAACCCGACAACCUCCUCUACGACGCCCGCACUAGGGAGCUGAAGAUCAUCGACUUCGACAUCGCCGUGCUAGUUGAGAACGAGGAGCAGGAGGUCGAAGGGUACCGCGGUACAAGAGGUUGGACAGCGCCCGAGGUGUGCGACGGACGGAGGUAUAGCGCCAUCCGGGCCGAUCGGUGGGCCUGCGGUCGCAUUCUCAAGGGGUUUCUCGGGUAUACACACAGCAGAUGUGACCAGGGCCUCUGGAAUCUUGCGCGUCGGCUGCUGGCGGAAAGCCCCCGCGAUCGACCGUCGCUCAUUGGGUGA